AUGGGUUUGGAAGACGAGAAGAAGAAAGGAGAAGCUUCAGGAGAGACAUCAGAGAAAGAAAUUGGGUUAAGCAGAAAGAACAGUGCGAGCUCUUUGUCUCCGACAGAGGAUGAUGAAGAUGAUGAACACAAGAAGCUUGAACUCGGUCCCAUGAUCGCUCUCAAAGAACAGCUCGAGAAAGACAAGGAUGAUGAAAGCUUGAGGAGAUGGAAGGAACAACUUAUUGGCGUCGUGGAUUUGGAGGAUGUUGGAGAAACGCCGGAUCCGGUAGUAAAAAUACUAGACUUGACAGUUAGGUCUCCAGACAGAGAAGAUAUGGUACUGAGGAUACCUGAUGAUGGGUUACCAAACCCGAAAGGCCCUUGGUUCACCGUAAAGGAAGGUUCUAAUUACACACUUGUCUUCAACUUCCGUGUAACCAACAAUAUCGUCUCGGGACUUCGCUAUAACAAUACAGUCUGGAAAACCGGUGUCAAAGUGGAUAGUACGAAAGCAAUGCUUGGGACAUUUAGUCCUCAAGCUGAGCCAUACCAGCAUGUGAUGCCUGAAGAAACGACGCCGUCUGGUAUUUUUGCUAGAGGAUCCUAUUCCGCAAGAACUAAGUUCGUUGAUGACGAUAAUAAAUGCUACUUGGAGAUCAACUACACCUUCGAUAUCCGUAAGAACUGGCAAUGA